AUGUCCACCGCGAAGAAGGCGAUGACUGUUCUCAUCCUAGCGAUAACGCUCGUCGCCGCGACGACCGCGACGCCCGUCGACUUGGAAAAGAGGGAGGCGCUCCGCUUCCUGCGCGCGUACGGUUUUCUGAAGGACGACGGAGGAUCGUUGUCGUCCGGCAACGCGACGUCUCUGCGUCACGCGCUGUCGCUGUUUCAAGAAUAUUAUCAAUUAUCAGGAAAUGGUGCGUUAAACCCUGAUACGCAUCGCCUUAUGCGCAAACCGCGAUGCGGUCUCGCGGACAUUCCCGGUCACGCGUAUAGCCCGAUCGCGCGAAAAUGGCCGAAAACGCGUCUUACGUGGAACUUUCAAGUGGCCAGCGAAGAACUCUUAAGAAUGGCCGAAGCGGCGUUCGCGUUAUGGACGGUGAAUUCAUCGUUAACGUUCGCGCGCGACCCGCUACAUCCCGAUAUGCUGAUAUUGUAUCGAACGGGCGCGCACAUCUACGCGAAUCGCCUGAGCGGCGACAUUUGCCCGGCGGCCUUCGAGGGUCCGGAUGGAGCCCUCGCUCACGCGUUCUUUCCCUCGGGAGCGGCCGACUUCGCGUCGGAGGGGCACAUCGACGACGCGGAACCGUGGCACGUGUAUCUGAACAAAAAUCCUCCCAAUACGUGUCAUUUGCUACAAACGUUGACGCACGAGAUCGGCCACACGCUAGGUCUACAGCACAGUAUGCGCCACGACUCGGUAAUGUUCCCGUAUAUACCCGACAUCGAAAAUCAAUUUCCGGUUAAGCUGAGCAUAGAGGACGUCCUCGCUAUACAGAAUCUGUACGGGUCUCACGACAAUGGAAACUAUCCAACGAUUUCCACAACCACCAUAGCACCCGCGACGACGACGAGCGUCGCGCCGACCGACCCCGCGCGCGCGGAUUUCUGCGCGUUGCGGCGCAUAGACGCGGCGUUGAUAAUGAAUCGUCGCUUGUACAUAGCUAAUCGCCGCAACGUAUGGUCGGUUGACAUAAUCGAGAGACGCUACGGUAGACCCAUGAAGUUGACGGAUUACGCGAUGUUUCUUCCGGCGAAUCUCACGCGCCUGUCCGUCGCGUAUCGAAGACCCUCGGGCAAUCUCGCGCUAUUCGUUAACGAUUCGAUCUACGUCGCGGAAUAUCCCAGUUUUAAGCUAAAACCUGGUUGGCCGAGAUCUCUCCAUGAUAUCGGACUUCCCCGAGAUGCUAAGAUCAACGCCGCGAUAAACACGCAUACGGGACGAACCUACUCGAUCUACGACAACGACAAAGUAGCGGAGAUCGACGAAUGUCGCAUGAUAGCCGUUAGACACGCUCCGUUGAAAGAUAUAUUUCCAGGAAUACCACCCGCGAUAACGUCGGCCUACCGACACAUCGACGGUAACCUAUAUUUUUUCGCAAAGCGCCAAUUCUACGCGUUCAACGAAUUCACGAAUAUCGUGACCUUGGCGGGUCCUUUCGAUCUUCACAUACUCGGUAUCGAGUGUCCUACGGAUGGACUGUUGCGACAAUUGCGCGAUCUUCUGAUUCGCGCUUAUCAUCUCGGCGAUGUAACCGAGAGCGACGAGAUCGACGAAGAGGACGACUGA